ACUCUCUUUUAGGAUUUACACGUGAAGAUAAUGAAGAAGAAGUUUUUUAUGGCAUGCAUUAACAAGUGGAGGAAAAUGGGGAGUCGGGUUCUUCCUUGUGCAGCUGGAGGUUGUGAGUAUUGUUAUCAAUGGAGUUUGUGGCCUUCGAUGCAGCGUGAGGGAGAGGCCAUUCCCAGAGAUGUGCCAAAGGGUCAUUUAGUGGUGUAUGUUGGAGAGAAUUACAAGCGUUAUGUGAUCAAAAUCUCUUUGCUGAAGCACCCUCUUUUCAUGGCAUUGCUGGAUCAAGCACGGGAUGAAUAUGAUUUCACCACCCACAAAAAACUCUGCAUUCCUUGUGAAGAGAAUACCUUUCUUGAUGUUGUUCGUUGUGCCACUUCUCCUCACCAUCGAAGCAUGUUUUUGUGUCUUUAAUUAAC